AUGACAGAGAAGGUCAAUUGCACCGAAAAACAGUUUGAGCAACAACUUCAUUUGAUCAUCAAAGCUGUUCGUCUAGUUCAGUUGGAGUUAAUAGAAACCCCAGUUGAGAGUUUUUCAUGGAAAGUCGGUAACGACAUUAUUCAAAUAGAUGGCCGUCCUAUUUCGAUAGAAGGGAACACACAAAUCACGGAAAUAGAGAACGGCAGUCUUGUCUCGAUAUUGUCGAAUGGGUUCUGGGACACUGUUGUGAUCAAAAUUGAGAAUGGCGAGAUUCACACAGAGGAAGCUGGGAAGGGUGGAGCGCCGAUAUUAAUAUAUCCCGACUCUGUAGUGUAUUAUGAAGAGAAUGGAGUUAUCAAUUGUUCGUAUGUCCUAGCGAUGAACAGAGAAAUCACACUCUUCCCAACCGUGAAGUACACCAAAUCCGACAAAAUGAUAGAAAUACAAGAGCUUGCAAUUGCCGUCUUCAUCAAAAAGUUAGAAGACAAGUUAAAAGAGGCGGUCGACAAGAUCAAAGUGUUAAAAGGGAUGAUAGAGACCAAUGUAGACAAACUCAUCGAGAAGGAGUUCACUGACAUCAUUUUAACCUUCGAAGAUGCCAUUACUCUGUUACCCAAUAGGAACUUUGAGAACAAAUUACUGACUCCCGAGUAUGUCGUUGAGUUCUUCUUAAGAGGAAUAGAGUCCGUGCAAUAUUACCAACGAUCUAUUUGA